CUGAAACAAGGCACAGUCACCGCACAUUCUCACAAUGAAGGCUGUCUACCUCCUGCUCUGCCUCGCCCUGGCGCACCACGCCGCUGCCAGCAUCUUCCGCCACCAGCGCCGACCUAACGCGGACAGUCUGGUCGUCCAACCACUCGACUACGUCGACCAAUACCAGCACCAUGAAAAGGAGAUCAAAAUGCGCCUCCGAAGACCCGGCUCCUCCUCAGAGGAGACCAAAGAGCGCAUCAGCUACGACGACCUGAGCGACUACGCCUCACCCCUCCGAUCCGGCGACAGGAACUGGAACUCCCCGCUGUUCUCCGCGGUGAUCGUCCCGGGCGAGCCGCUCCCCUACGGCGACGUCGUCUCCUGGCGCAGCGUCGAUAUAGCGAACGGCCCGAAUUCGCUCGUCAACGACAAGAAGGACAUCGAACGAAUCUUCAACGAUGCCUACACACUGAUGCAACACGUCAGCGAGGAAGACAAGAAGAAAAUUCACGAAGCCUUCCAAACGACCGCCGUGGCUGUCAACGAGGAUGUCCACUUGAACGCGACGCAGCUGAUCAAGAAACACGGAUACGGAGUAGAAGAACACAUCGUGAAAACUGACGACGGCUACUGGCUCACCCUGUUCCGCAUUCUGCCGAAACAAGUAUCCCUCGACGAGAAACCGCGUCCCGUCGUGUUCCUCAUGCACGGAUUUUUGGGCAGCGCUGAUGAGUGGCUUCUGAUGGGCCCCGAAAAAUCACUCGCCUACUUGCUCUCGGAUGCCGGAUACGAUGUAUGGCUCGGCAACGUUCGUGGAACGAAGUAUUCCCGCCACCACGUCAGCAAGCACGAAUCGCACCCCGACUUCUGGCACUUCAGCAUCGACGAAAUCGCCCUCCACGACUUGCCCGCCAUGAUCAACUACACGCUCAAAACCUCGGGACAGAAGAAGCUUCACUACGUCGGUUACUCGCAGGGCACUACAGUAUUCUUCGCUUGGGCUGCGACUCAACCAGACAGCAGAGACAAAAUUAUUUCGAUGCACGCCGUUGCACCGAUGGUCUACAUGACUCACGUGCGCAGCCCUAUGAUGCGUAUGAUCGAGCCGGGCAGCCGAUUCCACGAACACAUUACCGAGGAGCUCGGGCACGGCGAAUUCAGACCUAGCAAGGAAAUCAUACACACAGUCGGAGGAAACAUGUGCGGGAAGGAAAUCGGAUGCAAGCAUGUCUGCUCGAACGAGAACUUCGUCAUUUCUGGCGUCGAUACCACUGGAAUGGAGCCCGAGUUGAUUCCUGUGAUCGUCAGCCACUUGCCCGGCGGAGCGUCCAUAAGACAGAUCAAGCAUUUCGGACAGACGGUGGCGUCCCACGAAUUCAGAAAGUAUGACUACGGCGUCGACCUCAACAUGAAGAUUUACGGUCAACGUCAACCGCCGAAGUACAACAUGGCCGACGUGAAAGUACCAGUGACUCUCUACUACAGCGAAGAGGACUGGCUGGUGCACCCGAAGGACGUAGACCGGCUACAGAAGGAGUUGUCUGACGUGAGAGGAGCCUACAAGGUCCCAGAAAAACAUUUCAGCCAUAUGGACUUCCAAUUUUCUAAGAAAGCUCCCGAGGUUGUAUACAAGUGGCUGAUCGAAUCUAUCAAGAAGACUAAAACUUACUAAGGUGUUACUAAGUAUUUUAGAUCGUAAUAAAUAAUAAUAAUAAUUAUUUAAUGUUGUUAGCGUAAUGUGUGCAUUUGUAUUAUUAGUUCUAAUAUAAUAAUUUAACGGUUGCAUUAUUUAUAUUUAUCCGUCCAUCGAAUAAAGAUGAAUUUCAUAAU